UAAUGUCCAAAAUAUAUGAGAUAGAAAAUUAACUCAUAAUCAGAUUUCCCCCUGGAAUAGCAGAGAAAAUUAGAGAGUCUUUUGCAAAUAAUUAAUAAUUACCCAUUACAAUUGAACCAAAAAUUGGAAAAGGAAUGGAAUUCGAUGUAUCAAUAAACAGUUUGAAAUAUUAAGACAAAGGUGUAUUAGUUGAUUUACCAACGAUAACAGAGAGUUAUAAAUCUAAGGAUUAUAUAAAUUUAUAUAAAUCAAAUGAUAUAAGCUAAAUGAUUUGGGUUGGAAAGACUAGCAAUACAAGAUAAUGUGGAGAUAAAGUAGUUUGUGAUAGUGGAUUAACUCCACCUACUUAUGAUAUUAGAAAGGAUUUUCAUCGUAAGCAACCUUAAAUUGACAUUGGAGAAAUUCAAAGAGUGGAAAAAGAAUUACAUUCUAUUCAAUCAGAGUUCAUGAAAUAAGCAGAGGAAGAAGAAAAUGGAUCAGAUGAUGGAAAAAAAGGAAAAAAAAGAUACAAUAAGUUUUGAU